UUCACUUUCUUUAUCGUUUCAUUUUUCUGGGUUUUUUUCUGCUGUCAGUUUUAUUCCUAGUUUUGCUGUAUUAUUCCACUGAAAUGUAAACGUCAUCAGUGGGUGUUCAUGUAUGCAGAAAGUUGAAUGCAUAUAUAAUGGACUGUUUGGAUUCGGACGACGAUGUCCAAUUCGUCAAGAUUGAUCCUGUGAAAUCAAAAGUAAAACCAAAGAAAUCAGUAACUUGGGUUUCAUCAUCAUUUGGUGACUUUGGACCAAACCUUUCGACUCCAAUUUCAAAGACAAAAAUCAAAGGAGGUUCUUUGUCUGAUCUCAAGAGAAACCAAACAGACAGUAACAUAUCAGUUCCCCAAACCUCUGUUUUUGCCUUCACGUCCCAACAUGAGUCUCGAAAGCGACCUCGGGAGUCAGAUCACUGCAUUACCUCUAGACUGCCAUCACACUCCAAGACAUGUUCAUCAAAAGAUCUUUGGUGUGAUAAGUACAGACCUUUGCAUAGGAAUGAUUUGGCAGUUCACAAGAAGAAAGUUGAGGAACUGUGUGAGUGGCUGGCCAGGGCAAAGUCACACUGGAAAAAGCAUGCUGCUCCAAUAUUGCUCUUGACCGGCCCCCCUGGCUCUGGGAAAACCGCCUGCGUCCAAGUUUUGUGUGCUCAGCUGGGCAUGGAUGUGCAAGAGUGGGUGACCAAUCUGGAGCAGGUCGCGGACCAGUGGUCAGGGGAGGAUUUUCAUCGCUCAGAAAAGUCCCGAGUUGAUGUUUAUAUGAGCCAGUCCCAGAGUUCCCAGUUCCACAAUUUCCUUGUGCGAGCCAACAAGUAUCCUGCUUUGGAGCUAAUGGGCUCUGCUGGUCAUGUCAGUGAGUCAGACGGAGGAAAUGUCAGAGGUCAUUCAGCUUGUCACUCCACCACUGUCCUUGUGGAAGAUAUGCCCAAUGUUUUCUUCCGGGACCCUCCACAGUUCCAUAACAUACUCAGGAAAUACCAUUAUUCUGGCCACAGUCCUAUUGUGUUUAUCAUGAGUGACUCUACCAGCAGCACCUCCAGUGUACAGAAACUCUUUCCCAAAGAUCUUCAACACCAGCUUGGAGUGGUCAGCAUAAGUUUAAACCCUGUGGCACCAACAUUGCUUUUGAAAUUGCUGAACAAAGUCAUGAGCCAGGAGGCGAGACAGGCACAGGUUACUCAGCCUAACUCUUCUGUGAUAGAACAGAUAGCCUUGUCCAGCAACGGGGACAUCCGGUCAGCUCUGAACUCUCUCCAGUUUGCCUGCAGGAUGGACACUGCAGACCUGAAACCUCCUGUCAGUUCUGCACCGAGAGGUCGGCUCAAGAAAUCUGGGACGGACUCAAAACUGAAAUAUAGAACAUCUGGGAAGGAAGAUGUUGCUAGUUCAGGGGGAAGCGUGGCCUCAGCCAUUGGAGCCAAGGAUACCUCAAUCUUUCUUUUCCAAGCUGUGGGGAAAAUCCUGUAUUUGAAACGUGGAGACCCCAGCACGCAAGCGGAUCAUCCGUGUCUACCUCGUCACCUAGAACUUCAUGACCGACAUCCUUUACUGAUGAACCCAGAGGAAGUCGCUGCCAAGUCUCACGUGUCUGGAGAUUUCUUCACGACGUUCCUCCAUGAAAAUUACGUAGAAUUCUUGUCCUCUGUAGAAGAUUUAGAGAGGGCCUCUGAAUAUUUUAGUGAUGCUGACUACAUGUCAACUUUGUGGGCGGCCCGGGAAGAACUGCAGCAGUAUUCUGUCUCCGUGGCCACCAGGGGCUUCAUUCACUCCAACUCCGACGUGGUUCGUCACGACAGCACAAGGAAAAAUCACGGAUGGCGUCCCUUGCACAAGUCUCGAUGGUUUGCUACAAACAAACAGGCAAAUGAAAACAUAACAACUGCCAGACAGAUUUUCCAAGGUUAUCACUGGGAGCCAGAAGUUUUGUGCUCAGAGAUACUGCCAUACAUCAGCUUGACCAACCCAACACUGCAUGACACAGGUCAAAUUAGUUUUGUCCAAGAAAUGACGCAGUUUUCACAAUGGAAACGGUCCUCCAGAACUAGGCUAGUGAGACUGGACGAAAAAGAUGUUGCCAGUGAUGAAGAGGAGGGGGAGGCUGGUGGACCGACUCAGAUGAAGACUGGGGCGCCUGUGACAGACGACAAAGCCAGAGAUGGACAGUCCAAGGAGGAGUCUGUGGAGGGCGACAGUUUCCUGUCCAGCAGCCAGACCAACGUCCAGAAUGUGGAGAAGGAAGAGGAAGAAAUACUCAUCGAAGAAUAUGAUGACUGAUUCAUCUCGGCUUACUCUGACACAUUUUUAGGAAUCCUGUUGUUCCAGAUGUUUCCAGAAUUGGAGUAUUCUCUGAUGUCUCAAAUCAUUUUGCUUUUUUUUUUUUUCCUUGACUACCAAUGGCUCUGUUGAUGUAAUAGAAGUGAUGUUGACUUUUUCCAUCUCUUUGUUCAGGACAGAGCUUGUUUUUCUGUACAUCUGUAUAGAUUUUUUUGUUUUUUUGUGAUUCUCAUUUCAUUGUUAGAAACACACAAGAUCUAUUCUUUUACAAAGGCAUGCUUUUGGGGGAAAUCUGACUGUGCAUGGUGGGCCAUGAGAUGGAGUUGUUGUCAUGGGACUGCUGUUGCCCAUAAGAUGGAGUUGUCAUGGGACUGCUGUUGCCCAUAAGAUGGAGUUGUCGUCAUGAGACUGCUGUUCCCAUACGAUGGAGUUGUCGUCAUGAGACUGCUGUUCCCAUACGAUGGAGUUGUCGUCAUGGGACUGCUGUUCCCAUAAGAUGGAGUUGUUGUCAUGGGACUGCUGUUGGCCCAUAAGAUGGAGUUGUCAUGGGACUGCUGUUCCCAUAAGAUGGAGUUGUCAUGAGACUGCUGUUGCCCAUAAGAUGGAGUUGUCAUAGGACUGCUGUUCCCAUAAGAUGGAGUUGUCAUGGGACUGCUGUUCCCAUAAGAUGGAGUUGUCGUCAUGGGACUGCUGUUGCCCAUAAGAUGGAGUUGUCAUGAGACUGCUGUUGCCCAUGAGAUGGAGUUGUCAUGGGACUGCUGUUGCGUUUGAGACUGGAUUAUAUUUGUGUGCUGGAUGCUAAAUGAUGUGUUAUGUGUGUAUCCAAGACAAUGGUUGUGUUAUACACCACAAAAAGUUGAUCACAAAAAACUGAUCAUGAAACAAUAAAGUUCACAAAAGAGGAAGGAA